UGCCUGGACUUCACUUUGCGUAGGUGUAACACCGGUUGUCUUAUUUGUCUGGAUAAUUAGCGGAAUAGUCCGACUUCAGAUCUGUUGUCACAAAAUUCAUGAAUUCCUUUCCCAUCAAAAUCUCUUCUGCUGAAGCGGGUAAAUGAUUAUUUCCAUAUACCAUGUUUCGAGGGCUAGCGAAGUCUUAGAAAGGAUUUAUUAUAUGAUGUGUAGAUAGUCACACGAAGACACAAAAAAAGCUCCAGUCUUGAUAGUUGACUGCAGAAGAAUCCACAAAGCAUUCAUACUAUCUAUCUAACUAAAAUAUAAAUCUAUCUAAAUAAGGAACAUCAAGCGUAUACGUUAUUAAAAAAAAAAAAUGCUACCCAGCACUCGUAUCCAGCGUAUUUUUAGGAUCAUUUACAGGCAAAGCCGACUUGGUCAUACUAAAAAGCCGCUGAAAGCGGCUCAAUUGAGAGGAAAAACAGUUUUUGUGUGCCGACAGAGCCAACAACAGGCUGAUUUUGGCCAAUUAAGCAACGCGUGGGUGGGUGUUGAGCAGAGUUGAACAAAAUCAAUCGUAUGCCACAUGCGCAGUGGCGGGCGUGGUGAGAAAAAUGCCAGGACAUGGGCAUAGCCAAAAUAUGUCCAGCAGGACAACAGUCCACAGGAAAAACAGUUUAAAUAAAUGGCAAAAAGGAUAAUUCGAAGCACGUUAAUAAAGCAUUACCAAGUGAAGUUUUGCCGUUGAAUAACCAGCACACAAACACACACGAAAGUGGAAACCCACGGCACAGUGCAUAGUUUUGGGUUUUGGGUCACAAAUAUGCCAUCAAGUGCGGCAACUUGUGCCUGUUGUCUAUCGAUUUGUGUGUAAAACUCUUUCCCACGAAGCUGCUGCUGCAACGUGCACCCUGCAACCAGCAGUCCCAACAAAUGCAAAUAAUGCAAACGCCACCCACACUGAGAGACGAUUAAUUGCAGCAAAAACUGCAGCUAAGCUGAAAGCGGCAACCCAACCGGAAAUCGCAGCAAUAAACAAACCCCCCAAAAGGAACCAGAAUGGACGUGGGUGGACAGGAGACUACCUAUGAGCCGCUGGACCGUGACAGGGGUGGCAGUAUUCCGGCCGGCGAGGGCGGCCGCCGACAUCCUGCCAGCAUGGACAGUCCCGAGUAUGAGACGCGUGCUCCCAAGGAUCAGCGGCGCGCUGUGUAUCUGGCCUUGAUGGCAGCGGGCAUUGGCUUUGUUUUGCCCUACAAUAGUUUUAUAAUCGCCGCGGAUUACUGGCAGGGACGCUUUCCCGGUCGACAUGUGGCCCUGGACAUGUCCAUGACAUACAUCUUUGUCGCCUUUGCCACGGUAUUGCUGAACAACAUUGUGCUCUCGCUGGCUCCCUUCCAGAAGCGCGUAAUUUUCGGCUAUAUGGUGUCGUUUACCACCCUCGUGUUUGUGGCCGUGUGCGAGGUAGCCUGGCAUAUGUUUGCCACGAAUACCGCAUAUUUGGUGAACAUGUCCGCUGUGGCGCUGACUGCCAUCGGCUGCACGGUGCAACAGUCUAGCUUUUAUGGAUUCGCCUCGAUGCUGCCGCAGCAGUAUACGCAGGCUGUGAUGGCCGGCGAGAGCAUUGCCGGAUUUCUAGUGUCUUCCAAUCGGGUGGUGACCAAGCUGCUCAUCAACAACGAUCGCGUGUCCACGGUCAUCUUCUUUCUGACAUCGACGCUGUACAUAAUCUUCAGCUAUCUGCUGCACCGGGCCACCAUCAAUUCGCCCUUUGUGCGCUACCAUGUGGAGGCCUGCUCCAAGAUUAUUCUGCGGCCGGAUGAGCAGGAGAUUGAUGGCGUCCCAAGCACCACGCAUUAUGGAGUGCUCUCCAUGGAUGGAACACACACCACCACGACCAUAUCGGGUGGCCAUGCGGCUGCCAGCAACACGCUCAGCUUCAGUAAUCCGGUGUACGAGCUGUCCAAUCCCACGGCCGGCGAGAGCAGCAUCGAGGCACUCGGCCAGCUGCCAUCGGAUCUGCCGUCGACGCCUCAUGAGCUGACCACGCCCACCACAGUUGCGUUCAAGGUGGAGCACGUGAUCCAGCCGCGUCGCUGCAGGCCGAGCAAACUGAGCGACAUACGCGAGGGAUUUGUGGCCAGGUGGCGCGUGGCACAGGUCAUCUAUCCGUAUAUGGUGUGCAUUGCCCUGGCCUACUGCGUCACCCUGUCCCUGUAUCCGGGCAUCGAUGUGGAGGUGCAGUCGUGUGCCCUCGGCUCCUGGAUGCCCGUCCUGCUGAUGUUCUGCUUCAACCUGUCGGAUGUGGCCGGUAAGAUGCUAGCCGCCAGUCCGUAUCCUUGGUCACGCCGUCAGCUCAUACUGUUGUCGGGCCUGCGAAUCGUGCUCGUGCCCCUGCUACUGCUUUGCUGUGCGCCGCGUCAGCGUCCCGUCAUAUCCGGAGAGACGGCGCCGUUUGUCUUCACCAUCGCCUUGGGAAUUACCAACGGAUUGGCCGGGAGUCUGCCCAUGAUACUGGCGCCGGCCAAGGUGCCGGGCACGCUCAAAGAGGUCACGGGCAACAUAAUGACGCUCUCCUACAAUGUGGGGCUGACCGUUGGCUCCCUGAUUGGCUACGUGUUUGAGAGCAUGCUGGGGCCGCAGCUUUUGAAUCCCUGCCCCUCGUUUCCGUAUGUGCCUGUGUCGAUGCUGGAACACAUUCACGGCCAUGGCCACGGCCAUAUGCCGCCCCUGCCGCUGACCAGCAGCACCACCGUCCCUCCCACAACCAGCACAAGCGCAGCCACGUCGCUGGUUCCGCUCCUGCUAAAUGCAACGAUUGCGACCCUAACUGGAGCAGCCGCCAGCAGCAGCAGCAGCAGCAGUGUUAGUCCUCUAACCGAGAGCACCAGUUCCAUGGGCACCACAGCCAGCCCGGCCUUGGCCACGGUCAUAACCACCACAGCCCUGGCUCUGUACAGCACCGUGGCUGGCAGCAGUGCUGAGGUGAUCAAUGCCACCAUGUCUACCUUUCUGUCUACGGUGAGCACUUCGGUGGGGGAUAUUAGUGAUGAGUUGGCUGGGGCUAUGACCACAGAUCCACAGACCCCAGAGGCUUUGCUUGAGAAUAUUUAAACGGGCAUUUGAUCGACUGAUUGCAAGGCUUACAAGAGAAACUCUAUUUACUUGUUACUUGAGCUCUAAAUCUGAAUCUCAGCUCUGUCUACUCUCUACCAUAUCCCUUUCAAACUUAUUUUUAUGUAGUUUCAAUGAUUGAUUAAAACCUUUCCACAGGAAGAAAACUCUUGUGAAAUGGGUUACUUAGAUAUAUAUUCCACUCUGCAGAAAGAAAGGGAGAUAGAGAUAGAGUUAGAGAGCUAGAGAGAGAUUGUGAAUAGAGAAACAUCCCAUAAAAUAAUAUAGAGAAACAUUUUCUUUUCUCUAAAAUACGCAAAAAUUCUUCAGAAUUCUAUUCGAAAGUUAUAAGAGAAAGUGUUCAAAGAUGGUUCUUCUUGUCGUAGAUGGCGUCUAGAUUUCGUAGAUAUCAUGGUUAAAGUGCCUACGGAUUCGAAAUAUUUAAAGAUAUUUUAAUUCUUAUAAAAAGCUCUGCUUCAAUGAUACUCUGAAAUCUUUUUCGAAAUUUACAAAAUUGAUUUGACUUGCCCACAAAAUAUCUGUCAGCUCAAAAAAGUUAUUAAAACUAGAAUAUACUCGUAAAAUGCAAAUAGCAUUUGCCGUAAGCAAAACUACUCUUGUCUGUA